GGGAAAGGAGAAGUGAAGGAAGAGUAGGAGGGGAAAGGAGACAGAGCCUAGCACUGUCUUUGGAAAUCUGUGAGUGACACACUUCCUCCAAGGCCACACCUCCUAAUCCUUUCAGUUCCAUUCCCCGGUGACCAAGCAUCAUUCUAUGGGGCCAUUCUUCUUCAAGCCACACAUGGUAAAAAGGGAUAUACUUUUUAAAAUUCAUACUAUACAUUUUGAUCCUGUUUCCCUCUCCCUCUACUUAUUACAGGUCCUCCCCACCUAACUUUAUGUCCUUUAAGGAAAAAAAAAUUCCCCAAAGCAAACAAGAAGAAACACACCCCCACCCCAACCCCCCACCCUACAAAAACUCAAAACAAGUAAAUCAGAUUAAAAAGUCCACAAAUAAUAUCAUUCAGUAAUUUUGUGUUCUCCAGCUACCACUCCUGGGCAUGGUGGAGCCUGUCCUGAAGUGUGGUUGUUACACCCAGUGACACUUCAUUGUAGAAAAUUGAUUAUACUUUCGCCAGUGGGUAUCAAUUGCAGAUAGCUUCUUGGUUAGGAGUAGAACCCCCGUUUCUACUCACCCAUCUCAGUGCUGGGACCCUGCCUGGCUCAGCCUUGUGUGAUUGCCAUAGUCUCUUGAGUUUAUAUAUGCAUCAGACUAUUGUGUCUAGAAAAGGGAUAGGGCGUGUAUCUCACAUUCAGUUGAUACCCUGAAAUGAUAUGCUGAUGACAAAUUGAUUUCUUUGAUGGUUGAGCAGUUAACAAUCUAUAAAAAUUUGUCUGCAAGUUUUAAUUUCUUAAGAGUCCCAAGUGGCCACAUUCUGUGCUCUACUGGUGGCUGGAAGCUUGGCCGUUGGCACUUCUCCGACAGGCUACCAUGGCGGCGGUAGUAGCGCUAAUGCGGAAAACGCGAGAUUAUUUUAAGACCAAGGAGUUUCGGGAUUAUAUAACCAGCACCCACUUCUGGGGUCCUGUGGCCAACUGGGGCCUUCCGCUGGCCGCCUUUAAGGAUAUGAAGGCCCCCCCUGACAUCAUCAGUGGCCGCAUGACAACGGCCCUCAUCUUCUACUCCAUGGCUUUCAUGCGCUUUGCCUACCGUGUCCAGCCUCGAAACUACCUGCUGCUGGCGUGCCAUUUCUCCAACGUAUUGGCGCAGAGCAUCCAGGCGAGCCGUUACCUGAAGCACCAAUAUGGUGGGGGAGCCAAGGCUAAAGCCGCCAAAGCCACCAACCCUCCUGCCAAAUAAGCUGAUGACUGGGGGGGAUGAGAGGGGUAGCCUGAACCGGACUUUGCAGCUUGCAAGCACUGGACUCUAUUCCUCCUAAAGAAAAGCCAAGGAAAACUUUGGUUUGCAAACCCAAUUUAAACCAGUUUGGUUAAUUUAAAAAAAAAAAAAAAAAAAGAGUCCCAAGUGAAUUUGACAUUAUGAG